CCACACCUGUCCUCUCAGAAGCAGGUUUCAGCACUGAUUCAGAGCUCCACUCACUGACUCGACAAGACCUGCAUGAGCUGUUUCCUGGAGUUGACAAACUCAAAAUGAGAAGGGACAUCUUUGAAAUUAUACACAAACAGAAGCCAAUCAAUGUGGUCCUAGAAGAACUGAAAGGGUUCAUCCCACAUGAAUCUUUCAGAUCUGCUCUAACUAACAAUGGGGUCUUGGUUGACUACCUCCAUAUCCUGAAGGACAUAAAGACCCAAGUGAAUAACGUGCAGACCUUCCUUGAUGCUCAUAUUGAUCUACUGGAGAACAUGAGCAAAACUCAGCCAGACCCAGAACCUGGCAGAGGUUCUUUGCCAGGUACAAGUGACUCAUCCUGUGGAGUGGAGCGCCGCAGUCACGAAAAUAGUGGCUAUCCACAAGAAGCACGAGGAGAUUCCAUCAUCACGGUGCCGCGGGAUUUUCAGCAAGCCACAGUGAAGUACAAGAUGAUUGUCAGCGGUAAAACCUUUGGCGCCCAUCACCAGCUGAUAAACCAAGUGGAGAAUCACUGUCAGGAUGGGGUUCAGUUUGUCGAAAACAGUCAGGAUUUCCAGGUCAUUAUUGUCUUCUGCCCAAUCAGUUCACGCGUUGGGUCAGAUGUCGAAGCAGCGUUGGCCGAUGUUAAAGAUGAUAAACCUAUCAUUCUCGUGUUGAUGCACCAUACACGUGAGGUCAAGUACACAUCCAAUGUGAAACCAGGGCCUCAUGUUAAUGUUGUGUUUCAGGUCAGUGUUUUCUUCCAUGAAACAAUGAAUGGGUUACUGAAGUGUGAACAAAAUGACCAGGCUGUCUCUGUGAUACGAAAAGAAUUACUGAUACACAGUGGUCAGAUUACAAAGGACGCCAUUGCGGGUAUGGUUGCUGAAAGUGAUAGGAGUGAUACUGCUUCUACUGGUGUUACCGGUAACACCAAAAAUGAUGGUUUCUUUCAUUUUUGGAAUGCAUAUAAAAAAUAAAUCAUUAUAGUAUCUGUGGUGCCGAUAGUGGUAAUGAUGGUAUUAUUUCAGGUAAAAAGUAAAACUGUUAUGGAUUAUAGCAUUUUAUCAUUGUGUCAUUAGAAACAAGAAACACAGAAAAAAAAGUAUUAAUGGAUCUUGAUUUGUGUAUGUCAAUUUGUUAAUCAUCGAUACAAAUGUAAAAUGUCUGAGUAGAAGAUGGUAUUAUUUAAGCAUGUUUUUCUGCUGUUAAAUUUCUAAAGCUACCAUCUUUGUGUAAAACCAAUCAAACUAUCAUUUAGAUUAUACAUGUAAGAGAGGGAAAAAGAAAAUUUUGUCAUUGGUAUAAAUGAUAUUGGACUCAUUACAUGAUUACAUGUAACUCUUUUUUUGCAGUAUGUUACAUUGAGCUUUUGAGCUGAAAAUCAAAUUUUCAGUUCCUUUGAGUUUAUGGAAAGAUUUAAAAUAGGCCCAAAAGUAAACAAGACUGUAUACUGCUGAUAAUGUGCAAUGGAUGUGCAGUGGAGCCAUGUUGCUGUUUUCUGAAUAAGCUAGUGCACUGAAAUGAAGAAAUGAAUCCAACUAAGCUUGUUUUAAAGAAACAGUACCUUUAGGCUAAUAUUACUGUCUUUACUUUCUAUAUACAGUAUAGUAAGACUUGAAUGUAAAAUAAGAGAUAAAACAGUGCAGAGGCCACAAGUUCAGUGACCAGCCAACUUUCUCACUAAAUAGAUACACAUGUAAAAAGAAAAUAUAAAUGAAGAUAAUUAAAAGUGCACAAAUAGAAAAAUUUGUGUUUGCUUUAAUGUACAUUUUGUUGUAGAUGCUUAUAAAUAAAUGUCUUGGGAAGCUUUUAGGAUGUGUGAAUACUAUGCAUGAUACUUUCAAUAAACUUCAAUGAGUAUGAUCAUAA